UAGACCAAUAGGCACCACUGAUUCACAGUGUCAUCUUUAUGGCGCACUUAUGCUACCCGUUUAGUUAAGAAUGCUUUUAUAAUUAUUUCAUAAUGUAAAUAGUUGAAGAAUAAGUGUCGCGAUUGCUUAAAGUCAAUCAUUGGUCCCCAAGCUGUCCGCUAACAUUUCUAAAGCGCAUCCUUUGUUACUCAGUUGUAAAUCAAAACAAUGACUUCAGCCUCUACCAAGGUUGGGGAGAUCUUUUCUGCAGCUGGAGCUGCAUUCACAAAAUUGGGAGAACUGACCAUGCAGCUGCAUCCAGUGGCAGAUAUUAGUCCAGCAGGAGCACAAAUGAAAACAACAGUCAAGAGGAAGAUUUAUGAAGAUGGUGGAGCUCCUUUAUCCACUGAUUCACCAAAGAAGAGUACCAAAAAAGUGCCGGUUUCUAUGGCUCCCCCAGCCCCACCUAAAGUCAUCACUGUGCCAACAUCUCAGGUCGUGGUGACUGCGGGCUUACAGCGGUCAACCACAGGUCCAUCUAGCAUCAAGUCAUCAAAGACAGCAGAUGUCACUCUCAGUGCACUGAAUGACUCUGACGUCAACAGCGAUCUGGUAGAUAUUGAGGGCUUGGGUGAUAGUUCCACAUCUAAAAAGCUUAAUUUUGAUCAAGCAGAUAGUCUAAAUCUUGACUCCAGUCUCAUCAUGAAUUCCAGUGACUUGCCAUUGUUAUCCCGUUGAAAUCUUCUUCACCAUACAAUCAGGAAAAGGAGCUAAUGUCACUUCAAUGCGGGGUUCAAGAAACUUGAGUUUUUUUAAUCUGGAGACAGUUCUCUUUUUUUUCCAGGAAAAGGCUUAUUUAAGUUAAUAGUGAAGCUAGGCAAAUUUUACCCAUGAAGGACACGGUUUUAAAAGAGGCUGGCAAAUUUUGCUUAACACGUAUUUCUGUUCUGGGUCCAAAAUGCUAAAUUUUAAAAUAAGUGUAAAUUAAUUGUGUACAUUUUUUUUCAACCGUUAUCAAUAAACAAUCAUGACCGUUACUUUGUUUUUGGGGGUAAAUUGUGCAAAAACCUUGAAAUGCAUUGAGUGUCAAAAGCUUUGCUUGGUACAUUGUUUAAAAAAGGAGGAGGAGGGUUGAUAGAUUUUUUUUUCCUUUGACAUUUUGUAAUAUCUUUGGCAUAUUUACCUCAUAAUACACUUUUUAUUCUUUACACAUCAAAAAUGGGGAUUAACUCAAGCUGAUCUUCAUCCAGGUUUUUUCUGGCAACCUGGAAUGUGGCAUCUUCCACUAUAUAAAUGCAGCUUAAGAAAGUUGUUUUAUGUUUUAAUCAAAAAUGGAUUUUUAUAAAAAUCUAACUUAGUGGGUUCAUAGAUCUGAUCUGAAAGAGUCUGUGGGCAGGGUCUAAUAACUUUUGCAUGAUUGGGCUGUUAGGAAAAUUGGUCAUAUAAUAUUAGCCCUAUCAAUGUUUUAACAUUAAAAACAGCUCAACUCAAUGUUAAAUUAAAAAAAAUAAAAAUAAAAUGCAGUCCAUCCGAUCUCCUCAAACAAUCCCACAGCACAAUGACACAUUUCCUGCCCAUAUCUGUUCUUCCUCAUUGGUUAUAAAAUGCUGUGGUGUAAAAUCAGAUCUGUAUCUGAGUUCUAAAAGCAGGAGAGUGAAGAUGGCACAGUUUGGCUUUUACGGAGACAGACCACAAUUACCUGCUUUUUUUUCCAGAACUGUAAAUAAAAUAAUUUCACUCAAAUACA